GCGUGUGUGCCAUGGAUGUUAUCUGUUUGUCAUGGCUGAUCAAUGAAAGGGUAGUGUAUUGGCCAAAUCACUUGCGAUCAUUUCGCCUUUUAACUGCCAUACGUGAAGUAACACUUACUCCUGUAAGUAACUGGAAACAGCUAAAACUAAGAGUUCUUUAUUAUUCUGACAGUUAUGAAACUGCUGUAGAACAAAUGGAAAUGUUAGAGUUCACAUCAAGCGUUGAAACAGCUGCUGAUAGCGAUGAAAAAUUGCCCAUGCCACCAGCUAAAAAGUUAGCAGUUUUUAAUACAAGUGACACUGAGGAGACAUAUCCAUCAGUUUUCCCAAGAUUGAAGAAAUCUUUUAAUUGCCAAAAUAUUUUACAACCCGCAACUGUUCGAUAUAUUGAGCCAUUUAGUUCGAAUCGUUCUCUACUGAUAUUUUCCUCUUCUGAUCAGAGCUUGGCAACUGUUGUGGCUGCUUUAGGCACCCGAUUUCCUGGUAAAGGAUUACCUUGAUGGGUUAUUUGUUUGAAGGUUUAAUCAAAUGUACUCUUUAAUAUAUUUUUGAAUGUAAUUAUACUAUUUUUUUCUUAGUUUUUUGCGUUAACUUUAAUAAAAAGCUAGUCUAUUUAAUUGGUAUUUAUUAAAGUCAGAAUUAUUUUUUUAUUGCAGCAUUUGAGAAGAAAAGUUUAGAGU